AUGCAUUUCCGAGCGUUUCUUUGUGUUUUGGUGCUCUUGCUUGGUGGGUUACUUUACCUGUACCGGUACCUGUAUCAACCAUCUAAUCGCAGGCGUCAAUUCCAAGCCCCACCCCCGGAACAAUCUGCUGGAAGCCUACUUCAAGCACCGAGAGGCUCACAACUCGUUGCAUAGUAACCGACACGUGUUGCGGACAAAUGGACGGAACUACUUGGAUUACUCUGCCGAGGAGGCGGCCAGAGAGCCCGGUAGCUUUGUGAAAUUGCACGAGAACAAGCUGAAGGGAUGGCAGGGACUGUCUCAGCCAGUGUCCCCGCAUCGGGACGAGCUCAGAGCCGCCACCAUGAUACAGGUACGGUCAAGGAGUAUCCGCAUAGAUUCUAGGAAUCUAUCAUAGCUAUCAUAUACAUAGUUAUUAUAGAUCGGGCCGGCAUAAGACACUCUUAAAAGUCUAGUUCUACUUAUAUCACUCUCUAUGAAACCGUCAAAGUCUAUAGUAUUUAUUAAUCUAUCAUGGCCGGGCCUAGAAUACUGUUUCACGAGUCACAUUUGUUACAAGCAGCCUGAACUUACUAGUGGGUUACAUGUUUUCCCCUUCUUUGAAACCUUGACGUCAAGUUUUGCGCCCAAAUGUUUAGUUCCUUCCAGUUUACGCAAAUAUUCAGUCAACCAACGGUAUUCGGUUCUAUCACAGUAGUUUAAUGCCCAAUGAAACUGUCAACGAGUUAACUCGAACUUGAAAGAUCUAGUUGAUUCAUUGAUAGGUAUAUGAAUGCCAUCUUCAUUUCAUUUCAGAAGCUGCACAGCUACAGUAAGCGUCUAGCGGGUCACAUUGCCGCCGCCGCCGCCGCCUAA